CAGCACUCUCUCUCUCUCUCUCUCUCUAAGAAACCCUAGCUUCGUCCGUCCCUCUCUCUCUCUCUCUCUCUCUCUUCGUCCUCUGAUACUUGGCCUUUUCUUCGUCGCCACCACCACCACCAUCGGCCUUCCCGUCCCCAGCUCCGAGCCCGUAGCCGCCAUCGCCUCCGAUGCGCGGGAGCGCGCACCGGUGCCGUAGCUGAGAACCCCACCCACACCACACCACACCCCCGUCGCGAUCGCGAUCGUCGUCGCCGUCGGAGCGGCGGCGGCGGCCACCCGGCGGAACCGGACAUGUACAGGGAUCGCGGCGGCGGCGGCGGCGGCGGAGGAGGAGGGGGAGGAGGAGGAGUGGGAGUGGGAGGGGGAGGAUCGUCGAAGUCGGAGGUGGUCGAUCGGAGGAGGAUCAUCAACGACGCCCUGGACAAGCAGCUCGAGAAGUCCUCGCCUUCCACCUCGAGAUCCAACAAGGACAAGGAGAGGAUCGCCGUCCCCUCCACCUCCGCCGGCAAGUCCCACCUCGAUCACCGCGACUCUCGACCGCCGGCUGCUUCUCUGUCCAAGAGCAAGUGCUCCGACGAGGAACACGAUACAGACAGUGAAGAGUCAGAUGUCAGUGGUUCAGAUGGAGAUGACACAUCAUGGAUUUCAUGGUUCUGCAACUUGCGAGGGAAUGAAUUUUUCUGUGAAGUCGAUGACGAAUACAUCCAAGAUGACUUUAACCUUUGUGGGUUGAGUAGUCAAGUUCCAUACUAUGACUAUGCGCUUGAUCUAAUCUUGGAUGUUGAAUCCUCUCAUAGUGAUAUGUUCACUGAAGAACAAAACGAAUUAGUUGAAUCAGCAGCGGAGAUGCUCUAUGGUCUAAUUCAUGUUAGGUACAUUUUGACUAGCAAGGGAAUGGCUGCAAUGUUAGAGAAGUACAGGAAUUGUGAUUUUAGCAGAUGUCCACGAGUUUACUGUUGUGGUCAACCGUGCCUUCCAGUUGGUCAAUCAGACAUUCCUCGAUCAAGCACUGUAAAGAUCUACUGUCCCAAAUGUGAAGAUAUUUAUUAUCCACGGUCCAAGUUCCAAGGCAACAUCGAUGGAGCAUAUUUUGGAACAACAUUUCCUCAUCUAUUUUUGAUGACGUAUGGGCACCUAAAGCCUCAAAAGCCAACACAGAGUUAUGUUCCGAGAGUUUUUGGCUUCAAGAUUCACAAGUCUUAACAUAUGAAGUCGAAGGCACCAUCCUGUGGAGUUUUAAUAAUUCGGCUACCGAUGAUUGUAGAAGUCUCCGAAUCUUUGCAGAUUCAUGGGCAUGGCCAUCAGCUAGCACUCUUAUCAAACCUUGAUGGGCACAGCAACUGGAAUAGGUUAAUAUUGAUGGCCGAUUGAACUAUGGCUCGGGCUUAUCCAGUCUCACAGGUGUGUGUUCUUCCGUAUCAGAGCGGUCGUAGGCUUCAUGAUCUGUUCGUGAUUCGCUUGGUUGGUGCUCUUCGAUGUCUUGCUUGAUUCGGUCACCAGUCCAACAUACAUGUGUGCUGGCUAGGAUUUUGUCUGUCUGUGAAGUAACAAAUCUAUUCAUUUGUUUUGGUGAAGUAAGAAAUGAAAUUCUAACAUUGGGCAUGA